AGAAAGAGUUGCUUCCAGAAGAGGAAAAGAAGAGAAACCCGAAGAAGGGGGUUGUAGGAAUGUGCGUGGGAGUUGGGGAAAUGAAAUCGAGUAGAAUUUGAACUACUUUUGAUGGAGAACAAGUAGCACAGUAUUGAAAUUUGUCCCUUUUUUUUUUUUUAUCUCCCUCAUCAGGAGACACUUUCUCACGUAUCCUUCCUUUUGCUCGAUCAAAGCGAUUCUUUUCGUUGCGUUGCGUUGCCCGCACGGACUUCCUUCCUUCCCGGUUUCCAUCGUAAUUUUUGUCUGCGAGAGAGGGAGAUCUGAAGGAGGAGAAGAAGAGGACGGAGUUUCGUCUCAGAUCGACGAGUUUCUGGUAGGAGAUGGCUGAGGAGAAAGGCGUUGGCGAAGUUGAAAAGAAAGAAUCUACUGCCACUGCUGGGGCUACUACCGAUACUAAUGGGAUUGGGAAGAAGAAGCGCCGGGGAUUUCUUGCGCGCAUUUGGAACGGUAUCUUCAGGUUACACGGCGAUGAUUUUGAGAAGAGGCUGAAGUACAUUUCCAAAGAAGAAGCCGCCGUUCUCUCUAGAAUGAAGCGGAGAUCGCUGACUUGGAGGCGGAUGAUCCGCCAACUUAUUAUUUUCUCUGUUAUUUUUGAGGUUGUUGCUGUUGCUUAUGCAAUUAUGACAACAAGAGCAAUGGAUUUGAACUGGAAGAUGAGAGCAUUACGGGUUUUGCCAAUGUUUCUUUUGCCCGCCGUAUCUUCUAUUGCUUAUUCAGCUUUUGUAAGCUUCACAAGGAUGUGUGAUAGGAAGGACCAGAAAACUCUGGAAAGGCUUCGGGCUGAAAGGCAAGCAAAAAUUGAUGAGCUUAAAGAGAAGACAAAUUAUUACACUACUCAGCAGCUCAUUCAGAGAUAUGACCCUGACCCAGCAGCAAAGGCAGCUGCUGCAUCUGUCCUGGCGUCUAAGUUGGGUGCAGAUUCAGGCCUGAAAGUGUAUUUGGGAGAUGAGUCUCAGUUUAAUGCUCCAACAGGGAAAAGCAGUGAUGUUGAAGUUGUGCAAUCUGGUGGGCUCCGAAACCGGAAACAAGUGCACACCAGAUCCAACAGUGCAGGGAGCACUCAAUUGCAUCAUUCUACUGAAGAAAUGCCCCGUUCUGAGGGAACCGAGGGCCCUCAGACUUCUGAGCCUAAUCAGCUGGUAGUUAGUCAUCACUAUAAUCAGGGACCAGCCGCAAAUGAUGGAGGAUGGAUUGCUCGAAUUGCAGCGUUACUUGUGGGUGAGGAUCCAACACAGUCUUAUGCACUCAUUUGUGGCAACUGUCACAUGCACAAUGGGCUUGCCAGGAGGGAGGAAUUCCCAUUCAUUACAUAUUACUGCCCACAUUGCCAUGCCCUAAAUAGGCCAAAACAGUCGGAGGAAGAGCGUGUUUCCGGUUCUAGCACCCCUAAGCUGGGCCGUGUUUCCGGUUCUAGCACCCCUAAUCUGGGCCCUGUUUCAGGUUCUAGCACCCCUAAUUUGGGCUCCUUGAGAACAGACAAUGCCAGUGGAUCUGCGAGUGACAGUGGAGUGACAACUAACAGCCCUGUAAGAGCUGGUUUAGAAGAGAUUGAGGAAGUCACUGAAAAGAUAUCCUCCGAGGAUGUAGCCAGUUCAAAGGCAGAUUUGUAACCUCCCUUCUUCCUUGGCAUGGAUGGGCCAUAGCGAGUGCUUCAAUGGGUUUUGCUUCUUGUUUGGUCUUGUAACAAGAAAAUGUUGAGAUAUCUUGCCGAGAGGCAUUUGCUUAGAACUAUUUAGCGGCUUGGAAUUGUAGCAAAAAUUGAUUGAUAUUAAAAAGAAGUAAGAAUGUCUUAUAUGAAAAAGUGAAAAGAAAUUUGUUUUGUA